AUGUCUUCGUACUUCUUCCAUUUGAAGCUCGAGCUCUACCAAACGCCAGCAGCAAGCGCAUCUAAGAGGCGCAAAACACCUCACUCGAAGGAGAAAGAGCGCAGCUUUACCAAUUCCUCACCUUUCCUACCUUCGAACGGGACGGACAUAUUCAAAGCGCAUUUACCGGCACAUCGUAUCAGCAAGUGGAGUAGCUAUAGCUUCAGCAAGAGAAGGCCUUCAUCCGCUGGCGGCAGCGACACUGCUCUCAGAUCGGACCGCUCAGACUCGCCGCAUCAUUUAUCGCCCGAGAACGAUCGCAAAGACUCGCACGGCGAUGCGCUAUUGCUGCCCGAGCGCAACUCCAAUCUGAAGAGCACGAAGGCUUCCUCGGUCCCUUCAAGGAUCGUGCCCACCACCAAGCAUACAAACGCUGCGGCAGCAGAAGACUGGAGAUACGACAGCAUUGCGAUCGAAAGCAUAGAUAUGGAAAAGAGCAACAAGUUGAAUGGACACACGAAGGCGCUGUAUUUGCCGAGCGAACCAAAGACGACCGAAGUUGGCUGGGGUGUGGUCCAUCUCUAUCGCGAUUCAGAAGAGUCAUAUGCUCAAGAUGGAUCACAACUAUUACAACAGAGCUCGGCGCGAGCGCAGGUCAGCGAAUCGGCAGACAAUUUCAGCAUUGAUGAGUGCAGUACACUCUGCAUUCUGGCCCUUCCGAGCUGGAUGAUGCCUUCAGAUCUGCUCGGCUUUGUUGGCGAUCAAGCUCGAGAGGAUGUGUCGCAUUUCCGGCUGAUCAGAACAGGUCGAGCCAACAAAUAUAUGGUGCUCAUGAAGUUCCGCUCACCUAAGAAGGCUCGAGACUGGCAAAAAGCAUACAAUGGACGCUUGUUCAGCGCCGCAGAGCCUGAGAACUGCCAUGUGGUCUUCAUCAAAAGUGUCGAGUUCAUUACCCCAGACGAAGAGAGUUUGCCUACAUUUCAGCAGAAUCAUCAUGAUCCGUUCACAGCGAAUGCCGUAUCUAAGGGGAUGCUCAGCAAACCAAUGGCGCCGCCACCACCAAAUCUGCUGGAACUGCCAACAUGCCCUGUUUGCCUGGAGCGAAUGGAUGAGACGACCGGACUACUCACGAUCCUCUGCCAGCAUGUAUUCCAUUGCGCUUGUCUUGAGAAGUGGCGUGGAAGCGGCUGUCCGGUGUGUCGCUAUACUCAUGCGCCAUCUUAUACCUUCCCAUAUCCUAGACCUGGGUCUGACCAAGAGGAAGAACGCGAGCCAAUGUGUGCUUCAUGUGCUGGAACCAACAAUCUCUGGAUAUGUCUAAUAUGUGGCAACAUUGGCUGCGGGCGUUAUGAUGAGGCUCAUGCUUUCGCUCACUACGAGGAGACAAGCCACUGCUACGCCAUGGACAUCUCAACGCAACAUGUGUGGGACUAUGCUGGUGAUGGCUAUGUCCACAGACUGAUCCAAAGCAAACCGCCGCCGACGCCCGCACCACGCGAAGAAAGCUCUCACGCCGGAUACGUCGACAUGCCGCUUCGCCAGCGCCACGAAAACGAAGCCUAUCGCGCCGAAGCUGGCGAUGUAGUCCCCCGCGAGAAGAUGGAAAACAUGGCCGCCGAAUACACCUAUCUCCUCACCUCCCAACUCGAAGGCCAACGCAAAUAUUUCGAAGAACAAAUCGAACGAGCCGUCGACAAAGCCACCAAAGCAACCCAAAAAGCCGAAGAAGCCGCCACAACAGCCUCAAACCUCCAAUCCCAACUCUCCGAAUCCCUCACAACGGCAACAGAAUCCCGCGACCAACUCUCCCGCCUCGAAAAGGCACUCUCCAAAUCCGAAACCUCGAAAUCAAAAUUCGAACAAAUGGCUCGAGAAAUUACGUCGAAGUUUCAGAGUGAGAAGGCGAUGAAUGAUGGGUUGAUGAAGAGGCUUAAGGUUGCGGAAGAGGGUUUGGUAGAAGUUCGGGGGGAGUUGGAGAGGUGUAAGGAGGAGAAGAAGGAGUUACAGGAUUUGAAUCAUGAUUUGACGAUGUUUAUUAGUAGUCGGGAGAAGGUUAGAGAACUUCAGGAGCAGGGGGAGGAGGUGGAG